UGCUUAUAUAUUGGGACAAACAAAGUGAGUUUUUUGCUUACAUUUUGGGAUGGAGCAAGUAUCAUAGACUAAUUAUAGUCUAAAUACAUAAUUUAUUCAAUGAAUUUGAAAAAUGAAUAUUUGCAUAUAACCAGAGGGAGUAAUGCUUAAAAAGUGCCUCGUAGGCACUCGUUAACAAGUCCCAUGUUUUUUAGGCAACAUCUUAAAAUAAAUCAAAUACUCAAUAGAAAUCAAAACAAAACAAAAAAUCGCAGAAGCAUAGAACAAUAGAACAUGCGAAGUAGACUGAAAUUUUAGCACCUGAGAAUAAUAGCACCAAAAAAAUAAAAGAAUAUCAAACACUUAUUAAUUAAAUUUUAGCCUUUUAGAUGCAUAAUUCUCCAAUAUUAAACCCACAACUAAAAGCAGUGUUAGACUUUUCAGAGGAAUCAAAGAGGCAAGAACUCCUUUAUACGUUACAAGUACAUCAUUCUUCUUUUUAUACAAAUUUCUCCAUCAAGUUCAUUGAGACUAAUAACAUACCCGUGCAUCCGCACGGGUACUCGUUGGUCGUGGACGAUUUUGACAGUUGGAAAUUUACAAUUAAUAAUUAUUUUUAUUAAAAUUAUAAUUCAUAUUGUAAUAGAGUUUAAUAUGAAAUUAGAAAUACAUUAAAUUCAUGUAUAAUGUUUAGUUAAAUAACUUAUGAUUAAUAAAUGAGUAAUAAGAUAUGAACAAUGAUAUGAAAUAAAAUGGUAGUGCAAAGUGUAAAAAGGGCAUGAGUAAUACAUAAAUAUUGAGAUCAUAUUAUUAGAAAGACAAUUGAUGAAUGGUUAGCUAAAAUAAUAGUAUAGAGGUUCAAUCAAAGAUGUUGAAUAAUCUAUACGAAUCUUGUAGCUACAAAAAUAAUAAUAUUAGAAAUAGUAAUAUCACUGAUAGAUAGGAGACAUAUUAUUUUUGAAGUUAUUGGAUUUUGAUUUGUCAUGUUGAUUUCAAAUGUAACAUCUUUGAGAUUGGAAGUAGCCAAUCUAUGAUAGCGUGGAUAUUUAAUGGUUGUUGCAGACCAUUUGAAAAUGUCGAUUUGGAAUACACUAUUUCUUAAAUAUGUUUAGGACAUAAUUGGAAUUUUUUUAAUUUGAUAAAAGUUUUUGAACUCGUGCCAACCUUGUUUCAGUAGUUCAUUGUAAAGUUCAGAAACAAUAAUGGGAUCCAUUUUUGUUGCAUGUGUGAUUGAGUUGUUACAUUUCAAUUUUUCAGUCGGUACGUUUUUGGGAAGUUAAAAUGACAAAGUUUGUACAACAUAUAUUUAUCUUUCAAUCAAAUUUAAAAGCAUGAAUUAGCAUAGUCUUUUACUGAACAUGUUUUUUUUUAUAUUAAUAUAAUAGACAUAUAAUUUAACUAAAAGAGGUGAGAAUAUUAAUUAACCGAACGUAUAUUUUGUAGAAGAAUUAGUUGGGCCUUUUUAUACCGGGUCAUGAGUAAUAUGAAACAAAUAUUUGACCCGAUUUCAGGUUGUAAAUAGUAACUGUCACAGUCAUUUUUUUCUAAUUAGUUUGCAUUGUAUAGUUAUUUUUGAUGUGGCUUUUUAACAUGUCUUCUCCCAGGAAGUUACAUUUCGAUUCAUCUAGCAUCAGUGUUGACGUGAAAAAAACUAAGCCACUGGAAGACGUUGAAUCUGAAAAAUCGAAAAUGCAAAUUCUUGACAAUUAUCGUGAGCCAGUUGAAUUGCCUCCAUUCUUGAAUGUUAAGAGAAAUUCAUGGGAGAUCAUUGUCAAUGAAUCUCAUAUUCAACCCAAUCACAAACUUCGUCUCCCUACUCAUCUUACAUAUGAAGGUAUUUUGAGCUCUGAGAAGAACAUUAUGCUGACUCAAAUUGAUCGAGAUCGAGAUGCAGUGGAUUCAUUUAACUACGAGAUUUUGACUGAAGAAGGAGAUCCUUAUAAGAGAUACAUAUCUAGUGGUGUGCAUGCAUUUGUUAAGGCAAGCCAAGUUGAAGUUGGUGAUAGGUUGUUGUUCUCCAUUGAGAGUUAUGAUAAGAACAUAUUCGUUAGCUUUGUCUACGAAAGUGACAUUGACAGUGAAUAUGAUAACUGGAGUAAUUAUGGUGUUUGA